AACUCCGAGCGGCUAUUCUCCGAUGACCCCUCACUCGAAGCUUUGCUCGAUCAAGAGCGAUAUAUUGAUCUCUCUCUGGAUUCCGAUCAACCAGGUAUAACAUCGAUUUAUCUUUCUGCCUUUAUUUUUGUCCAGUUGAUUUGAUUUUUUUCGUUUUACCGGGUUUGGGGUUAAAAAUUUGCUUCAUUUCAUUUGGUUCAAGGAGAUAGGUAAUGUUAUGAUAUUGAAAUUUAUUCGGAGAGGAAAAACCUAAGUGCAGAGGUGAGAUGUUGGGAUAUUGAAUCGAGACUAAAGUGCAUGGAAUUUGUCAAUGGGGCAGAAAAGAUACAAUUUUUUUAAAUACAUCAACAUCUUAACUUUCUUAAAAUGAUUGGAUAAGUGUGGUGAGUGUUUUGUUGAAAUUUGUUUUGAAACGAAUGCCUUGAGCAACUAGUAGAAGAGCAACUUUUCAGUGACGUGUUUCCAUGUAUGGGAUCCCAAGUAGAUUAAACAAAGUCAAUAAGGUGUUCCGUAAUAGUGAACGGCUCUAAGCUCUACGUCUGUUGUCAAACUACUGUUUCUGUUGGAAUCUCUUAAAAAAAAAACAGGUUAGAACAAAAGAAAGGUGUCGUAGCUAUCUAGUUUGUGCGGGUAGCAUACUUCUUUGCUGUAUGCUUCGAUAUUUGCAGGAAGGAUUAAACUGUGUGACUUCAUCCAGUUACAAAUGUAGAAGAGGAAGAAAAACCAACGGGUGCUGGCAGUUAUAGUUCCGUUGCCUUCUCAUAUGGAAGCACUGGUGAUUCCACUGAUCAGAAGAACACGGAUACUGGGUCCACUGGGAUGGAAUCCUCUGGAUUUCUCCCCCCCUUUCCCGUUCCUGGAUAUCUUCUCCAAAGCUUGCCUCCAACAGAAAAGCUACAUCAGAUAAUUGCAAGGACUGCUAUAUUUGUCAGCAAAAAUGGUGGCCAGUCGGAGAUUAUUCUGCGGGUGAAACAGGGGGAUAAUCCAACAUUUGGGUUUUUGAUGCCUGAUCAUCAUCUUCACCCGUACUUCAGAUAUCUAAUUGAGCACCCAGAACUUUUGCAUUCUGAAAUUGAUGGAAAUUCUCAGCAUGAGAAAAAAAGGGCUGGUAGCGAGGAUAUCACGAAUGGUGUUGGGGGAGCUUUAUCCUUGCUUGGUUCUGUAUAUGACUCUGAGGAGGAAGAGGAGAGCAACGAUACUGCAAAAAUUGAAAAAAAUACUGCUGAGGAUGGUAUUAAUGCUGUCAAUACUAUUGCAGCUCGUGGUUCAAAAGAGUCCAUGGAAAGCUCUUCUAAGGACGAGUCAGUACCUAGAAACCCCAUCUUAUCCGGUAAAGAGAAGGUUCCUGCAGUUAAGAAAACCUCUUUGAUAACGGUAUCCAAACCUAAAAGCAUGAAAGGCGUCAAGAAGGAAGAUAAUUCCGGUUUAUUUUCCACUGCAGCAGAGAAGUCAAUUGGAACGACUUCGAAAAUUGAACCACUAAUUAUAGAGCCUCCACCUGAAUUAAUGAGAUUGAUUGACAAAGUUAUUGAAUUUAUUACGAGAAAUGGGAAGCAGUUUGAGGCGACACUUAUUGAGCAAGAUACCGAGCAUACGAGAUUUCCGUUCCUUCGUCCGUCCAACCUGUAUCAUCCCUACUACUUAAAUGUCCUUCAGAAAGCUCAGGAGUCAAAAGCAAACGGCGAGAGUUUCAACCCUCGAAAGGAUGAGCUAGUAGGACGUGGAACAAACAAAAAAGCUUCUGCAGUCAAGAAAAACGAUUUUGAUCUGUCUGACCUUCCAGUAGAAUCUGACAGGAAAGAGAAGUUCAAGAUGGUAAUAGGCAAAUCGAAGAAGGAAGCGCACGAGACAGAACCCAGUGGAGCACAGGAAAGUGAAGUCACGGUGGAUGCUGCAGCUGCAGCUGCUAUCCUUCACAAUGCCACAAGAGGCAUUAAGAAUUCUGAUAUCCAAACCAUUUCAAGAACUCAUCUAAAUGCUCACAGUCAACCAGAUAAAGCUGCCGAAAUGCCCGAUCAGAAUGGAAAUCGCAAUUUGGCAAGUGAUACCGAUCCUUCUGUUGCAAAUCUGACCGAAGAGCAGAAGCUCAAAGCGGAGAGGUUAAAAAGGGCUAAAAUGUUUGUGGCCAUGUUGAAAAGCGGAGCAGUUCCAUCGAAAACUGGAGUAUCGCGUGGCCCAUCAGUAGAGCCUCUAGAAACUGGAGCUUUAAGGAAUUCCUCCGGUGAGGUUAAUCUCACUAGCCAAGAAAAAGAAUACGGCUUAGAUGCUGAAAUUCUAGACAAGCCAAGUGAACGACUGUCGAAAAGAAAGUAUCGUUCAAGACCUGGAGGAAGUGAGGAUGACGAUGAAGAUAAAGAUAAAGACGAGAGUCACUCGAGAAAGAAGUACAAAUCAAUCUCCAGGAGCAGGAGACACAAAGAGUAUGAAAAAUUUGAAAAUGCAGUAAAAAAGAAGCAUAAGCACUAUGAGAGAAGACACGGCUCUCAUUCUCCUCUUGAAGAGAGAGAAAGUAGUGAAGAGGAGAGGGACCAUAAGCACUAUAAGCACUAUAAACGGUCUAGGAAGAAGCAUCGUUCUCACCAUUCUCAUUCUUCUUCCGAGGAAAACGAGAAUCGAGGAGAAAGCAGUGAAGAUGAAGAUAGGGACCAUAGGCACUAUAAACUGAAGCACCGGUCCCACCAUUAUUCAGAAAACGAGGAUGAUAGUGUGCAUGAAGAUAACAAACGGCACAGCAGAAAACGCAGUUCUCACCAUUCUUCACAUGAAAGUUCGAAAAGGAGGGAUUCAUCCAAGCCGAGGAAAAAACAUAGUUCCCAUUCCCAUCGGUCUUCGAAACAUCAUCACAGUAGGGACAAGUACCGGCACAAAAAUGUGGAAUCUCCUAAAGGGAAGGAAUCUUCAGAAGAAGAGAUUCACCAUCGUAGCCAACAUAAAAAGGACUCGAGUGAUGAAAGAGGCGUACAGGAAGAGGGAGAAAUCAGCUCUAGAGUUGCAGUCGAAUCUAAAGGAAUAAUGACGAGUAGUGAUAAUAUAGGGAGUUCUUCCCAACAGAGGGCCUCAUCUCAACCAUUGGAAAGUGAUGUACCCGAUGAUCUACGGCUCAAAAUUCGUGCAAUGUUGCUGGCCACCCGCAUGUAGCAAUGGAGAGUACUAAACUCGUGAAAACUGAGAAAUUAGAUGCAAAGAGUAGCAAUGGUCCGGUAGAUGGAUAAAAGGAUCAUUGUUCCUUUGUUCGCAUUUUUGUGUUCUUGACUCGUGCAACUCUUUUAUUAUAUACUUGUAGUUGAUUGUAUCAGUUCUGAAGUCUGUAUUUGAGCAUGACAUUUGAAAUAAAUAAUACGUCACGAUUGGGUA